AUGGCCGACAACCUCGAGAGCCAGCGCGACCAAUCGCAUCAUGACGACAAGCAGGCCAGGGAGAGUCCCGACGUGCAACAGCAUCAACCUGGCCGCCAUGGCAAAAGCCUCGUGCGCCGAGUCCUGAUGGCCGGCCGGGUCGAGGAGGGCGGCAUCGAGCCCAUCCCGCUCGAGGCCCGAACAAACACCAAGUACUUCAACGCCUUUACAAUCUGGUGUUCGAUCAACACCAACAUUCUGGCCAUCACCUUCGGCAUGUUGGGUCCCGUCUCGUUCGGACUCGGCCUGCGGGACUCGGCCCUCGUGAUUCUCUUUUUCAACCUCUUGUCGACCCUGGCCCCGGCGUUCCUGUCCACUUGGGGCCCCAAGACAGGCAUGCGCCAGAUGAUCCAAGCUCGCUUCAGCUUUGGCUAUUACUUCGUGUACAUCCCCGUCGUUCUCAAUUUGGCGACCCUCACCGGGUUCUGUGUCAUUAUCUGCGUGAUUGGAGGACAGUGCCUCUCGGCAGUCUCCGAGGGCGACCUCUCGACCGCCGUCGGUAUUGUCCUGAUCGGCAUCGCGGCGCUGUUGAUAUCCUUCUGCGGUUUCAACGUGCUGCACUUCUACGAAGGCUACGCUUGGAUGCCGGCCCUGGUCGCCAUCAUCAUUGCCGUGGGCUGCGGCGGCCAGCAGCUGAAGCAGCAAGCUGCGGCUGAGCCGGCAACGGCAUCCGGGGUCCUCAGCUUCGGCGGUGUCAUCGCAUCCUACAUGCUCCCGUGGGCUUGCAUCGCGUCCGAUCUGACGACCUACUUCGACCCCACGAAGCGCCUCGUAUCUCACCGCAUCUUCGCUUACAGCUAUCUCGGACUGGUCGUGCCGACCAUCCUGCUCAUGACCUUGGGCGCGGCCAUUGGCGGCGCCAUGGGCAACAUCCCCGAGUGGCAGGACGGCUUCAGCAGCACCUUGGUCGGCGGCGUUCUCGGAGCCAUGCUCGCCCCGGCCGGCGGCUUCGGCAAGUUCAUCCUCGUCGUGCUCGCCUUCACCCUGCUGGCCAACAUCUCCGGCACCAUGUACGCCAUCACGCUCAACUUCCAGACCCUGAUCCCCACGUUCCGGCUGCCGCGGUACGUCUUCUCCGUCGUGGUGACCGCCAUCAUCAUCCCCAUCGCGAUCCGGGCCGCCCACGACUUCUUCCUCAGCCUGGAGAACUUCAUCGCCCUCAUCGGCUACUGGUCGGCGUCGUUCAUCGGCAUCGUGGUCGCCGAGCACUUCGUUUUCCGCCGCGGGAACCACAGCCUGUACGAGACUGCGAUCUGGGAAGAGCCGUCAAAGCUGCCGUUGGGCGCCGCAGCUAUCGGGGCUGCCGUGCUUAGCUUCGCUCUUGUCGUUCCGUGCAUCUCUCAAGUGUGGUUUACAGGGCCCAUCGCAGUCACGACGGGAGAUAUUGGAUUCGAGGUCGCGUUUUUCCUCAGUGGUCUCCUAUACCUGCCUCUGCGUUACGCCGAGAGGCGGUUGAUGGGACGGUAA